AUGGACGACUCUUUGCAAUUCAUUAUCGAAUCUCCUCAAAACGCCCAGGGUCACAAGAAACGCCCGCGUCUUGUUACCUCUUGCGACAAUUGUCGCCUUAAGAAGAUAAAGUGUCUACAGCCAUCUCCAGAGACCAAGUGUGAGGCGUGCAAGACCGCCAAAAUCCCGUGUCGGUUUCGCGACCGCGAACGCUACUUUGCAGAACGAAGUCGUGCUAUUGCUGGACCAUCUGGGGGCCAAGGCUAUGAUGAACGGUCGUCCGAUUCGUCCCUGGACGCCUUUUCUCUCUCCCCUUCACACUCUUCCUCGCUAAGAGCGAGCGGUGUGGUCCGACCCGACGGCGAGUCAAGGGGACGCUACACGUCAUUCUCCUCUGAUCCGCGUCCGUCUCAUCAUAACUCCCUGGGUUACAAUUACAUGUCAUCAGACGGGUCGCCCAUCUAUAACAGCUCGCGUUCACAGUCGCCCCAGCAAAAUUCCGGCGCAGUUGUCCUCUUCGACUCCGAUCAACAGCAUCCACACCCUACCCUGAUGCAUAACUUUAUUGGCGUGCUGUUUGAGCGCAUGGGCACUGAGUUUAAGUUCUUUACAUAUGGUGAGGUUGCCGCAAAUUUUGGUGCACGACGGCUCUCCGCCCUACUGUCCAACUCUAUUGCGGCCUUGGCAUCUCAAUACACCACCGUUCCCGAGCUUACCGUCCGAGGGCUUCAUAAUGUCGCCAAUGCAUACUCUGAACACGCCAAACAACUUUUGCACCUUAUGGGCCAUCCUUCUCUUGACACCCUCCACGCACUCAUUCUCUUGUCGUGGUAUGAAAUGAAUAACAGCAGGACGUCGGCGUUCCGAUCCUACUAUCAGAUGGCCAUGAACAUGGCAGUUGAUCUGGGUCUCAGCAACCUACCAGUAUCGAUGUCUGUGGAAGACCAAAAGAAGAAGGAUACGUGGAAUGCAGUAUUACGACUGCAUCAGCUCCUACAAAUCCAAGAUCGGAAGGAAGUUCACCAUUUCUCCAGCAAUUUUCUGACAGGCAAUCAGCAUGACACUUGCAUAACGCAAAGUGCACAGUACCCAGGCAUUAAUCGUGGCUAUUCGGCAUCCCGUCACGAAAGCGCCAUAGGCGCACUACCUGCUUUACACAGCCUGGCCUUUGCCUAG